AUGACCAGCCUGCCCGAGUACGUGGACCGCAUGAAGGAUACAGAGGGCCAGGACAAGAUCUAUUUCGUGACCGGCGAGGGCAAGAAGGCGGCGGAGAUCGCGCCAGCCAUGGAGAAGAUGAAGGCGAAGGGCUACGAGGUUCUCUACAUGGUCGACCCCCUUGACGAGAUCUGCAGCCAGAGCAUUGUCGACUUCGACGGCCGCAAGCUCGUGGACAUCAACAAGGCGGGGCUGGACCUGGACAAGACGGAGGACGAGAAGUCCAAGUUCGAGAAGCUUACGAAGGACUACGAGGAGGUGGCCGCGUGGCUCAAGAAGCAGCUUGGCGAGCGCGUGCAGAAGGUCGAGAUCGGCGACCGCCUGGUGGACUCCCCCGCCACCCUCGUCCAGGGCGAGUGGGGAAUGUCGCCCAUGAUGCAGCGCUACAUGAAGUCGCAGACCACCUCCAGCUCGCAGGACAGCGCCUUCGCCAUGGGCUCCCGGAACCAGGCGAUCUUGGAAAUCAACCCCGAGCACCCGGUCAUCCAGAAAUUGAGGACGAUGCAGCAGACCGCUCCCGAUUCCGAGGAGACGGAGGACAUGGUCAUGAUGGUGUACGAGACUGCCGCCCUCAUCGGCGGCUACAACAUUGAGGACCCUGGCGAGUUCGCCAAGCGCGUCACCAAGCUCAUGGUGAACAUGGGCCCAGAGCCAGGCAGCGCUGGGGUCGUGGACGCUGAGGCCGCGUGA